UUUCAACCGCUAAUUGGAACUGAAUCAAAAACCGAAAUACUGGCGCACUUGGUAAUGACGUCAUAGUCACGUGACUAAAUUGACUCAAUACGGUAUUGGAUAUUGUGAAAUGUCAAUAUCAAGCUCAUAGACGUCUCUGUGCUGACUGUUUACGUGACUGUUAACAGUUUUUUAAUCAUUGAACAUUCAGUACAUUUUUUGUGUCUUUCUUUAUAGGAAAGUAUUAAAAUGCUCAAUUUUAUAUUGAAUGUGCUGAAUACUGACGGUCUGUAAAUUAAUAUCUAUUAUUGUGGACCUACAUUUGGAUGUAUUAGAGCAUGGCGGGAGUACAUCUAAAUCUUCUUUUUGCGUUUAUCGUAAUUUCGACUACGUGCAAUGGAGAUAUAACACCGGAGUUGAACAAAGUGUUAGGGUUUUAUACAGAAAGAAACAGUUCAUUCAGUAUGCAAGGAAGUGGAAAUAUUGAACAUUUCGCAAACGUAAAUUCGAUACUUGAUCAAAUACACCAUGUGGAUUUAUCUGAUCUUAUAAAGCAUUUGGACUAUAAUAUUCUUGUCAAAGGAAUCGGAGAGCAUUGUUUAAACGACACACUGUUUCUCGGAAAUAAGCUUCAGAUGAACACUGCUUUAUCCUUUAUUGACGCAAUGGGAAAGCCACAUUCUGGUAUUCUUAAAGGCAGCACAUUUUGGGCUGGCGAUAUGCAAGAAUGCUCUGAUAUUCCUGAGAUAAAAAAUGCAGGUACAAACGAAAUAUUCCACGGGAAAUACAUGGUUGCAAGCAUUUUCACCAACGAACGGGCCAUAGCUGCACUUGGUGUGUGUGUACCAUCAUCUUGUAAUGAAACAGAUACGCCUCAGCUAAUGAACCUAGGAAUACUAGCACUAAAAACGUACGUACCUCAGCUAAAAAACGUGAGCAUCGCCGUGAGCCAGCCCGCGUAUGGAGUUGAAAGCGAACCGUUAGAUGCCGGCGCAAAGACAUAUCUUGUUAUUGUUGGUAUUCUGGCAUCUGUUGUUAUGAUUUCGACGGUUGUAGACUACUGUUGCACAAAAUGGAAAACUAGAAUCGAGAUUUCAGACUUGGAUGGAUCGGAAAAAUACACAGAUCUGCACGAAGGAGACGAUCGAACCGGACUUAUUACAGGAGAACUUUCUUCGACAGUAUCAGAUAUCAGAAUCAAUUCUGCGAAACACUCAUUUUUAAAAUUUGUGAAGGUGUUUUCUGUAUUCUCUAAUGGCAAGAAACUUUUUGGAACGGAAACUGCCUCUGGACCUUUAGCGUGUCUGAACGGAAUUCGAGUUGUGAGCAUGUGGUGGGUCAUACAGGGACAUGUCUAUGCUUUUGUUGUAUACUUUUCAGACAAUACGGUAGAUGCUGCUGAAAUUGUUAAGCGCUUUUCAUUUCAGCCGAUCAUGAAUGGAACGUACUCUGUUGAUAGUUUCUUCUUCCUUAGUGGUCUUUUGGUUGCGUAUCUAGCUGUGAAACAGCUCAAAGAAAGACAGUCAAUGAACUGGGCAUAUUAUGUUUUACAUCGCUAUUGGCGCCUUACUCCCAUGUAUGCUUUUGUAAUUUUCUUCUAUGGCUACGUUUACUUGUACACAGUGUACGGACCGUGGUCGUUCAUCAAAAAGGUAAAGCCUGCUCCUGGCCAACCUUCGCUAACAGAUGGAAUGAAUUAUUGUAAGAAGUAUUGGUGGACCAAUCUGUUAUACAUUAACAACUUCUACCCAAAUUACGGUGAUCUCGGAAAAUCUUGUCUGGGAUGGGGCUGGUAUUUAGCAAAUGAUAUGCAGUUUUACUUAUUCAUUGGUCCAUUGAUGUUGGUUCCAGUUUGGCUAAGUUUUACAUACUUUCAACACGGCAUUAAAGCACGAGUUCUUCGAAUUUCAGCUAUUGCUAUAUCAGUCUUAUUGAUAUUUGCAUGUAUAUUUAUCCGAAUGGGAUUGGUUCUGUACUACGGCAUUUAUGAUGAACUAAAUGGUGCUGCUACAAAGCAUAAGGACGACCCAUACGCCCAACAUGGUCCACUGUAUGGACGUCCAUAUGCUCGCUGGUCAGUGUACGUUAUUGGGCUUUUGACUGGCUAUCUCCUCGCUAUGAAAAACAACCGGAUAAGGAUACACCGCCUCCUUGCUCUUCUAGGCUGGUGUGUUGCCAUUGCAUCAGGUUUGGCUGUCGUAUAUGGCCAAUACUAUUAUAACCAUAACGUAAGUAUCGACCCCACAAAAAGUCCUCACAUGACAAAGACACAAGCGGUGUUCUACAUAUCACUUGGUAGAGCGGUUUGGGGACUAUGUUUGGCAUGGAUAGUGGUUGCUUGUGUCUCUGGAAACGGUGGUCCAGUGAGUGACAUUCUGUCAUGGAAAAUCUGGGCGCCUCUUGGUCGGCUUACAUACGCGGCCUAUCUGGUACAUCCUAUAGUAAUAGUUAACUAUUAUACAAACGUGUCGACGCCUUUCCAUAUAGGGGACUUAGAGAUGGUGUAUGUCUUUGUCGCCAACUUGGUCUUCUCGUAUGGGUUAGGAUUUUUGGUUUCUAUGGUGUUUGAGGCCCCCAUGAUUCAGCUUGAGAAGUUCGUCUUGGAAUCCACCAUGGUAACCGACUUUGGAUCACGGUUCAAUGACACUUUAUCUAAUAUUCGUAUGCGCUGUCAAAGAAAACCCGUAAAUGGAGACUUAUAAUAUUCACAUAUGUUUCUUACUGUUUUCUUUCAGCAAUGUUCUUUUGUGUAAGAUCUGAUAUGUAAUAGGUUUACAUGUUUUGCUCGUAAUCUUCUUUUGUGAAAAUUUUAAUACCUCAUGCAGUUUUAGUUAUAGAUUUGUAAAUAACUUUUUUUCACCGGUGAUAUAUUAGCUGCGGGCCAACUGAAGCAAACAAUAUUGGACUUAUCAUGUUUUCUGUAUUUGAUAUCUCGUAUGUUUUUGCUAAGCAAUUUCCUGUUGCAUAAGGUUUAUGCCUAUUGUUUUAUGAGUUUAUUCAGUGUACGAGGGUACUUCAAAAAGUUGUUAUAAAUGAUAUAUAACAUGUUUAGUGGCGCCGUUCUGCUCUUAACAAUAUAAUGCCACUAUUUAAUUGUUUUCAGCUCACCUGAGCACAUAGUGCUCACUUGUCUAAUCUCCAUCUUCCAUCGUCCGACCGUCCGUCCGUCCGUCCGUCAACAAUGGUUUCAAACCACAUUUCCUACUGAACCGCUUGGCCAAUUUAGAUGAAUCUUAUCUUCACUGGGAUGUUCUUUUCUUAAUCAUUCAAAGAAAUGAAUUUCAUGCUGGCAACCAAAAAGAAAAGCUAAAAACGUAUUUUUGUCAAAAUCACAAGCCUAAAGCUUAAAUAUUUGGUGUGUUACAUUUUCCUAGAUGUCCUCUGACAACCAAGUUUAUUCAAAGUAGCGUCUGUGGUCAACACUGGCCCAUCCCAGGGGGUCACACGUUUUUUAUAUACUUAUAUAGGAAAACCCUACAGUCUUCCUUCACCAAGUUUGUUCAAAUUGUGCCCCUUGGAAAAAAACAUGCCCCGCGCAGGAGGUCCAAAGAAACAUAUUUUUGUAUGAAACCACUAGGCUUGACCCUCGAUGUUUUGUUGUAGUAUUAUACAGUGGUCCUCCACCAAAUUUGUUCAAAUUAUAACCAAUGACAAAACUGGCCUGGCCACGCAUUGGGGUUCACAAGUUUCAUAUAGAAUUAAAUAGGAAAAUCUUUGAAAAUAUUCUUGCCUGAAACUGCUAGGCCUAGACUCUUCAUAUUUUGCAUGUAGCAUCAUAUAGUUGUCCUCUACUUAAAUUUGUUCAAAUCGUGCUAUUUGGGCCCCGCCACGUGAUCCUAUAGACUUGUAUCAGAAAAACCUCUUGUUUGAUACUUGUCCUCCAUCAAGUUUGUUCAAAGUAUGCCCAUUGGGACAAAAGUGGCCAGGUACUUGGGUUCACAACUUUCCUAUAAAGUUAUACAGGGAAAUCUUUUAAAUUUUCUUUUCUCCAACCACAUGCCCAAUACCUUUGAUAUGUGUUAUAAAGCAUUAUAUGAUGACCCUCUACAAAGUUUGCCCCUUGGUUCAAAGCUAGCCAUACCCAUUUUGACCUACUAUCUUAUUUCUUAAGUAAGCAAUGGAAUUUGACCAUGUGAACAGUUUUGAAAACGAAUAUCAAUGAUGUGCUUGGAUGACCUUGACCGUGACCUUUUGACCUACUUUCUUAAUUUUGUAGCCGAAGCAAUGAAAUUUGGUCAGAGGUAUAGUUUUGAAAACAACUAUCCAUUUUGUGCUAGAAUGACUUAAACUGUGAUAGUUCUAAAAACAAGUAUCAGAGUUGUGCUUUGAUGACCUUGACUGAGGCCUUUUGAUCUACGUUUUUUUUUCUUUUCAUCAAUGAAAUUUGUAAAGAAAUACCAAUGUUGUGCUCGUAUGCCCUUUACCGCUAUAACAUUUGGCAAUACUGGAACAAAGUGUGAAUCCUAGUUGCAUUGCCAUAAACCAAUAAACUUAUUCAGUCUUAAAACAACAACAAACGUUUUAAACUUUCACUCUGGUAAGCUAUUUAGGGUCACCCUGGCCCUCUAGUUGUUGCUUGUCGGUAGACAAUCAAAUAUCAAGUUUGAUCGUAUUUUAAACUCACAUGGCCCUAACGGUAUUCCUAAGUUAAGCCGUUUCGUUGUUCAAGUUUAUUUCUAGGUCUCGAGGAAUUUAUUAUAAGCAUUCAUUUUCCUCUAUACAUAUUUGUUUAUGUUUGUCCAUCCUUUUAGAAAGUUACUUGAACAAAAUUAUGAACGAUGAAUUUUGUAAUUUGAAAUACGUUUAAAUGAUUGUUAUGUCUGGAUGUGCUAAAUGUGUACCUACUUAUGUCAUAUUUUUCACCUUUUUAUAACAUAUUAAAUAAUUUUAACUUAUGUUUAUGUUAGAAUAAAAA